GCCUUUCAGGCACUUGAUAAAGGUGUCAAAGCGAAAUCAAAAUUCACGGUAACCCCGGGAAGUGAACAAAUUCGGGCAACUAUUGAAAGAGAUGGCUUAGCGAAAAUUUUCCGGGAUUUUGGUGGAUUGGUACUUGCAAAUGCUUGCGGACCAUGCAUCGGGCAGUGGGACAGGCAAGAUAUUAAGAAGGGUGAAAAAAAUACAAUUGUCACCUCGUACAAUCGUAACUUCACUGGCCGCAAUGAUGCUAAUCCAGCAACACAUGCGUUUGUCACAUCGCCUGAACUGGUCACAGCUUUGACGAUCGCCGGUCGGCUUGAUUUCGAUCCACGAACAGACCAACUCACUGCUGCCGAUGGUACGGAUAUUUGCUCAGUUCUUCAGUUCCGGGAGGGCCAGCGCUGUUACCCGAUUUGUUAA